AUGGUUUUUGGGUUUCACUUGCCACAAAAUGAGAGAGAUAUCAAAUUGUUGCUUCACGCUGGAUAUCAACAAUUCCUCAAUUGCUCAUCUGGAUUGUUCUUUGGAUAUCUUGUUAAUGGAAUCUGUGAGUCAUCAAGACAUGGCAAGGUUGCAAUUCUGGAUGGGUAUAUCCAGCUGACAGAGAAUGAUGAAUUUGCUUACCAAGAGAUGCUCACUCACCUUGCACUCUGUUCCAUUCCAAAUCCAAACAAGGUGCUGCUAGUUGGAGGAGGAGAUGGUGGAAUUCUUAGAGAGAUAUCUCGCCAUUCUUCUGUUGAACAUAUUGAUAUAUGUGAAAUAGACAAAAUGGUGAUUGAUGUUUAUAAGAACUUUUUCCCGGAUAUAGCAGUUGGUUACCAGGAUCCUCGAGUGCAUGUUCAUAUCACUGAUGGUAAAAGGAAUUGCGUUCAUCAAUUCUGCUCCUGAGGGCACUUAUGAUGCUAUUAUAUUUGGAUGCUUUCAACCCAAUGGGACCUAUUGCAGAAGUGCUUGCAGAUAACUGCUUCAUGGA